AUGGCAAAUAAUUCAAACAACUUCUCUGUACGAUCAGUCCUUGAGAAGGACAAGCUGACAGGAACCAACUUCCUUGACUGGCAAAGGAAUUUGAGGAUUGUCCUCAAACAAGAGCGCAAGCUCUAUGUCAUAGAUAUUCCUCGCCCUACACCUCUCGCUGAAGGAUCAACCCGUGCUCAGCAUACUGCUUAUCAGAAGCAUAUCGAUGAUGACACGGAUGUUCAAUGUCUCAUGUUAGCGACCAUGAGUGCUGAACUUCAGAAACAACAUGAGAAUAUGGAUUCUUAUGAUAUGAUUGAGCACCUUAAGCGUAUGUUUGAGGGACAGGCUCGUCAGGAGAGGUUUGAUACUUUCAAAUCUUUGAAUGCUUGUAAGCAGGGUGAACGUGAUCCGGUAGGACCGCAUGUUCUGAAGAUGAUAGGGUAUAUUGAUUAUCUUGAAAAAUUGGGUGCCCCGAUUGGUCCUGAGCACCAAAUUGAUCUGAUCUUGCAAUCUCUAAACAAUAACUAUUCUCAGUUUGUAAUGAAUUACAAUAUGAAUGAGAUAAACAAGAACCCCGCCGAAUUGUUGGCAAUGUUGAAAACUGCUGAGACCAACAUUCAGAAGGCGUCCCCUACUCCCAUAUUGAUGGUGAAUAAGGGGAAGGCCAAAGGAAAGGGUAAAUGGAAAGGCAAGAAGAAGAUGGGAUCUAAUUCUAAUGCCAAUCCGAAACCUGGUCCAACUAAGGCCUUGAAGCCAAAAGGUGGUGUUCAGAAGGAGGGUGAUUGUCACUAUUGCAAGAAACCAGGUCAUUGGAAGAGGAACUGUCAUGCUUAUUUGGAGGAUCUGAAGAAGAAGAAGGCUGCUGCCGCUUGUGCAUUAGUCACUCCAAAAAGGCAUCACCAAGAACUCAUAAUGUCCAUAUUGGGUUCUAAAGGAUGUCUUAGGUACAUUCUCAAACCUGAUUCUUUAACUGAUGGUAUCCAGAUCUCAAGUUUAUCUUAA